AUGAGAGUCUCUGGUGGGGCGGCUCGAUGGCUUGUGACCAUUGUUGCAUUACUCCUUGUUUCCUUGGUUUAUGAAGCCACUACCGAAGCCAGUGGUGUGGGUGAUGAGAAGAACUUCUAUGGCCGUCGGCAUGGCUACGAGGGUGGCCUCGGCCAUGAUAUCUACAGCAAGGGGUUUAGGCAUGAGUUUGGUCAUGGGAGGCUUGGAAGUGGUGGAGGCUUAAGUGGUGGUUUUGACGGUGAAGCCGGAGGUGGACUCGGUGGAGGAGCUUGUGGCCUUGGUGGUGGAGCCGGCGGUGGGCUUGGUGGAGGUGGUGGUCUUGGCGAUGGCGGAGGGCUCGGAGGCAUUGGUGGAAUUGGAGGUGGAGCUGAAGGAAGCACUGGCGGUGAAUCCGGGGGUGCACUUGGAGGAGGUGCCGGAGCUGGAGGAGGGAUUGGUGGUGGAGCAACGGGACGUGGCUUCGGUGGUGGAGUGGGAGUUGGCGGGGGCCUUGGAAGCGGCGGCGGCGGGUUCGGGGUUGGAUUCGGGGCUGGUGGAGGGUUUGGUGCAGGUGUUGGGUUUGGCGGAGGCUUUGGUGGAGGGUCUGGUGGUGGUGGUGGAGGAGUAGGACUUGGUGGCGUGCCGAGGCCGGGUUCGGAGGUGGUCACUGAUAUGAAAGCAAAUAUCAACAGUUCUUUUUGUUGGUCGUGUUACGUGUGUGGAACACAACAUGGACAAAUGUUGAACGUAAAAAGUGUGACUCAAAAUUGGCAUCCGUUAAAUAUAUUUAAUUAA